CUGCUACUUCACCCUCAACAUCUCACUCCCACCCACCGACAACUUUCAAUUUUCUCUCGUUUUCCCGAGCUUUCUCUGCAACUUUCCCUGCCUAGAAAAUGUCUUGCUGUGGAGGAAACUGCGGCUGCGGCUCUGGCUGCCAGUGCGGCUCCGGCUGUGGAGGGUGCAAGAUGUAUCCUGACCUGACCUACUCAGAGAAGACCACCACUGAGACCCUUCUUGUUGGCGUUGCACCCCAGAAGAAAUACUUUGAGGCAUCUGAGAUGGGUGUGGGGGCUGAGAAUGGCGGCUGCCAGUGCGGCUCCAAGUGCAGCUGCGACACCUGCACUUGCAAAUGAGAGCAGCACGGCACCGAGCCAGCCAGAAGCGGAGCGGCUCCUACCCAGCCAUCAACGAUAAUAAUUAAUCUUAAUUAAGCAUAUAGCUAGGGAAGCUUUUAUGUGUGGAAGUGGAGCUUCCUGGGGGUUUUAAUUAAUGUGUUUAGAAUAAAAAGGUGAUCAUCUUAUUGUGGGUUGGUUCCAUUAAUGGAUGGUGACUUGGAGUCUUCUUAAUUCUGUGUGUUUGUAGAAGGCAGGUUAAUUAGUAAAGUAUAGAGUUAAAUGA